GAAGGCUAUUAUUGGCGAUGUUAUACCGCGGGCAGAGCGUGUGCUGGAUUUUCGAUGGUAGGAAAUGAUGGAAUAUCAGAGCAGAAGCAGCCUCGGGAAGUUUUGUUGGCGACCAUCAACGGAUGGUAUGAGAACAUGUAUGGCAGAAAACCUUCCAGGCGAACUUGCUGCGCUGUGCCCCGGUCAGCUGGUUGACGGUGUCACCUGUUCUAUGAAACCACGUAUUUUGUUGCAGUAAAACGUGUCUCAUAGGACAGUGUUGCUCAGACGCAAGGCAUUUUGAAAGGCGCUAUGACUUAAAAACAUGGCAACCACGGUGGGAAGAGUCGAACUCCUGCUGCUGAAUUUCACCUUGAGACGGUUAACGAAGGUCCACCUGUCCACAGUCCCUCCCGACCCGGUCAUCCCAUCAAAGAAGCCUUAUAAAGUGGAUGUAACUAGUGGCAAAAGGUUUUCCUGGUGUUCAUGUGGUCACAGCAAGAAGCAGCCUUUUUGUGAUGGUUCCCACAAAACCAAAGCCCCCGGACUGUCACCGCUGCGUGUCGUUCCCCAGAAAGACGCCGUUGUGUGGCUGUGUGGCUGCAAGCACACGAACACUCCUCCGUACUGCGAUGGCACACACAAGCAGGACUUCGUCCAAACAGCCCUGAUCCACGAGGAAUCAGACUCGUAGAUUCACAAUGGCCAACAAACCUUUGACAGAAAGUCCAGUAUUGCCCCAGCGAAACGCAUCAUGGCGGUUUGUUACUUGUUCGAUUGAUAGAGCUGCUUGUUUUUCUCUGUCAGCAAAAGUUUUUUUGUUUGUUUUCUCAUGGAAACAUUCUGACAAAUGUAUUUAUGACAUUUGAUGGGAGUAAUAAGCCUUUUUUGUUGUGAGAAAAUGUCCUGUGAACUUGUAACUGUAGUAUGAAUCCAAAAUAAAAGACCUGGCUGAUGUAUUGAUCUCUCUUUUCCUGGCAACCGAGGGACACCUGUAACUCCUUUGUCUUCUCUCACUAAAGGUUUGAUUAUUAUGGUUUC